CUAACAAGGAAAUUAGAGUUUUUGGUUGGUACAACUAGCAGGCUGUAAAAUCACGAAAUCUACCUCCAAUAAAUAAUUUUGAAGUUUAUUUGUGAAAUAUGUUAAACAAUCGAAUGGAUUUACAUGAUGGCAAAAUGUCGCAAGUUUGGAGAAAAUGACGAGGUGACUUGCUUAACAACAGUGGCUUGGACAUUUGUGAUAUGAUAAUCACAAAAGACAAGUGUGUAAAAUGGACUGAAGUAAUUAGUUAGUUGCUAACUAUUGAGAUGUGCUACUAGCUGUACAUAUAAAACAUAUAUGACCAAUAAGCACUUUAAGUUGUCUUUGCCUACAAAUCACCAAUCUACAUGAACAUCAUGUACUAAGAAAUAAGUUGUUACUGUUUGCAUGCUCUGUCGUCACUUUAAGGUCAAUUCACCUCCACAUACAUUUGUUUUGCUAACCACACAUAAACAGAGCUGAUCAUGUCACUAGUAGAGCAGUCCCAAAAGUGGUUCCCGACUCAUGUCCAAGCCACUGUUCUUCAAGCAACUGACCUACAAGCUAAGAGUAAGAAUGGCACCAACGAUGCCUACACUAUCAUUCAGCUGGGAAAGGAGAAGUACUCGACAUCUGUGGCAGAGAAAACACUUAGCCCAGUGUGGAGAGAAGAAGCCUCCUUUGAGCUGCCAGGUCUGCUUCUGGAGGGCAACCCAGAAAUCUACGAACUAUGCCUCAUCGUGAUGCACAGGUCCCUGGUGGGAAUGGAUAAAUUCCUGGGCCAGAGCACCAUCAGUCUCAAUGAGAUUUUUGAUAACAAGGAGAGAAGGAAAACUGACUGGUACUCUUUGGACUCCAGGCCAGGGAAGAAGAGGAAGGAGAGAGGGAAGAUCCAGGUCAGCAUCCAGUUCAUGAGGAACAACAUGACGGCCAGCAUGUUCGAUCUUUCCGUGAAGGACAAGCCCCGCUCGCCCUUCACUAAACUCAAGGACAAGCUGAAGGGUCGCAAGCACGAUGGUGGCUUCUCCGACACCUCCUCAGCCAUCCUGCCCCGCUCCGCCAUGUGUGACUCGGAGACCCUUCGCCAGCCCAGUGCUCCGGACCAUCAGCACCAGCCAGAGCCCAAGAUCAAGAGACCGUUACUGGCCGGCUCCCAUAAGCUUUCCGCUGCCCACUCCAUGUCCGACCUCAUUGGCACCCACUUCCGCCCCAAGCUGGACUCUAUGAACUCAAUCGAGGAGCUGGAGAAAGGGAGUGGUGCCGCCCCUCACAGGCGCUCCCAGAGUGAGGUGCAAGGCUACCAGAACACAGAGGAACACUGUGACCCUUUUACUGAUAUCAGCGAUGGCCUGCCGCAGAAGUACGCCACCCUUCCUCGCAACCGCAACCCAUUUGAGGUGGAGCAGGGCCAGCUGUGGGACCAAGGGGAGAAGAAGGAGAAGAAGGAGAAGGUCAGCCUACUUGAACGUGUGACUGGGAAGAAGGAGGGACGCAAGACCGACGGGGGCCGUUCGGGCAGCUCUGGAGACCUGCGCUCGCCCAAUCCCUUCAACAGCGAGUCUCAGGGCGACAUCCAACCAACCAACCCCUUCAGCUCACACUACAAAGCAAGUGAUAAAAAGCCCACCAGCAAUGAAGACAUCCGGAAGGCGCGAGAGAAACAUGGCAAGACAAAUGAGACAAAGCAGCCGAGCGUGGCCUCCUAUAGCAACUUGUCUUUUGACGAGGUGGUGCGCGAGCUCAUCAAGCAGAAGGAGGUGGUGAAAAAGAAGGACGCCCAUAUCCGUGAACUGGAAGACUACAUUGAUAACCUGCUGGUCCGCGUUAUGGAGGAUUCGCCGAGCAUCCUACGGACACCCUACGAGCCCAACAGGAAAGCGGGGAAAAUCUCAAAAAAGAAGUAGAGUCAAGGUAGAGGAAGGUCAAAAAUAGAGGCUUGUAGUAACAGUAAUGUCCCAUCCUAGCCAUUAAAAAAAAAAUGUAUUGUGGGUAUGGAACAAAAAAUGAAGAGACGGGGGGGAUUGACCAAUGCCAAAUCAGUCGUUUUUGAUUUCUUUACAGUAACUGCAUUGAUGCAGCUUAUACUUUUUUUAAAUAGGUUUUGUAUGCUGUGAUUUGAGUUUACACCAGUAUCCCCAGCAGAAUAUUAUUGUGGAGUGAAGUACAUCCGACGACGUAAAUAUUUGACUUGCAUUAUAACUAACCCCAUGGCUGUUCCAUUAUGAUCGGUCGACUAACCUCUGAAUCAGUUGCUCUGUUGAUCCACUCAUCCAUUUUAAUUUGAAUUUUGCAUGGCAUUCCUUUUGUUUUUCAAAUUCUGGCGAAUUGAAAGAAUGGGAAAUUACCUAAUGUAUCUCACAAAUUCAUCAGAAUACCUUAGCAGAAACCAGUGGGAUUCAAAUUAGCUAUCACUGUGUUGACUAUGUUUACCAUUUAUUACGAGAUGUUGAAGAACAAACUAGUGGGGUUAUACCUAUGCCUGACUGUUUUCCCAAUGCUUUUAAUAGUGUAUCCAUGGCAUACACUAUUAAAGGCCUUGGGGAAACGGUCAGGGAUGGUAUAACCCCACUUGUGCACUUUCACACACGUAACAUGAAAAUCCCAGACAGCUUCUGUGGCGGUUGUUUGAACAUAGAACCACCAUCAAGCUAGAUUUACGUUUGUAACACUAAGGCUAUCUAUAUUUAAUUAAAUAUUUAAAGGAUGCACGUCUUCACCUCUCACAAAUCAGUUGUACUGAGAAAUUGCACGAUUAGAUUUUGUUUUUAUAAUGUCCUCGACUUCUAGUAAAAGAGAGAAACAACUUCUCUGAUUUAUGACUGAACUAUGCCUCUUUUAGCCUCUCCAUGAGGCUAAAAUCUCUUGAUUAGGUUGCCUUACUUUACUGACUUUAUUGUCCCCAUGGAGAAGUUUUGUUGCAGUGUCAUGUACACGUUUAAAGUAGCGUUUAAAUGCAAAACAAAUUGACAAUACAACUUUCAUAACAGUUGCAUACCAAUAAAAAGAGACUAGCUUACUGGCCUUACUGGGUCGAUGGGAACAUUAGCCCGAGCUAUUUAGGAGGGAUAUCACACCUGGCACAAAUGAUUGUCUAGUUCUGUUUUUCCUGCCGAGAGGUGCCCUAUACCUGCGCCCAGAAGGGAGUAGUUCAAAGUCGCUAGGUGUAGAACUAAGGUUACCAAACCCCAUUUCUAAUUGCUAACUGACUGGAGAAGUUUUGUUUAAAGCCCCGAUGCUCAUUCUGAACGUUUAAAUGCAUCGCUUGCGGUGCGGUUUUUUGAAACAUAAACAUAUCUUUCAUAUCAGUGAGAAAUUAUUUUUAAAAAACUCAAUGUUUAUAGGGUUAUAGGGUUCCCACACAGCCGUAUUUCCAUGUUGCAGUGCUUUUUUAAACGGAAAACAGAGGCGUACCUGUGCUAAUUACAUAUCUACCUGUGAGUAAACGGAAGAUGGACGCCACAAAAGAGUUGUCACUGAAAAUGUGUUAAAACACUGAACAGUAAGUGUAUAUUUUGCAUUUAUACAAUUAUUUCGACGUGAUAAGGAAGAAGAGGGUUUUAUGUUUCUAGAACCGUACCAAAAUUGAAAAUCGAUUCACGUUGAGAAGUAUUUGGUUGUUUUGGCUACCAGAGCUAAUUUGCUAACACAACAUGUAAGGUCUUUGGGACUACAAGGAGUAAUGUUAGUCCAUUAUUGGGCUACAGUUGCUAUAGUAUUUUAAUAAAAGGGUCUACUUUUUAAUUUGAUUGCGUGCCUCACUUUUCAAACAAAAAAACGUCUCCGUUAAACAGUUAAUUAAAUGUAUAUGGCCUAAGUGUUGAAACGUAUCCAAACAAUUGUUAAAAAACCAAAAGGUCAUGGUCUAGGGGUGUGGAUGAGUGUAUCUGAGUGGGUGUGCGCGUGAAUAAGUGCGUGGUGCAGAGACUCCAUGCAGGUGGUCAGUCCAAAUCAAGUGUUCCGGAUAUUUAAAAUGUAACUAGGCAAGUCAGUUAAAAACAAAUUCUUAUUUACAAUGAUGGCCAAACCCGGAGAAACGCUGGGACAAUUGUGUGCCGCCCUAUGGGACUCCCAAUCACGGCCGGUUGUGAUACAGCCUGAAAUCAAACCAGGGUCUGUAGUGACGCCUCUAGCACUGAGAUGCAGUGCCUUAGACCGCUGCGCCACAUAGAAGCCAAAAUAAUGCCGCCCUAUUUAGAAAUUGUCUCUGAGCCUGUUGUUAUCAGACCUCAUGCUCCAAUACCGCCUCCCCGACGGUGAAGGGGUGAACCACUCGGGUGUGGGGUCCUUGAUGAUACUGCGGGCCUUCCUCAAGCACCGUUUCGAGUAGAUGACCUGGAUGGGCGGGAGCACGGUCCCAGUGAUGUACUAAUAACCAGCUGAGCUAGCAAACAAUGUAACAAAAGUAGUUUUUCGGAAUCAAAAAAAUAUACCAACAGUCUCUGUGUUUCAGGAAUCACAGAAGCAAGCUCUCCUGGUGCACUGUUCAAUCAUUUAGCCAUUUAAACAUUUUGUUUUUGGAUAAACUCACUUUUUGCAAUGCCCUCAAUGGCUUCCAUGCUUUAAAACGUGAGCUUGUCCGAGGGGUCGGUCUUGACAACACUUUCUAUCCAUUGGAGCGCUUUGAUUGAUUGCCCCAUUCUGCGGUCGGGCUUAGUGAAGGGUCAAUUGAAUAGGGUUUGCAAUUUUUAAUAGGUCUGACAUGAAAGCGUGAACCAACAUAUAGCCAUAACAAAUAUGGCCGCUUGAUGCGGUAUUCAACCCAGAUGCUCUUAUAAUGUGAAUGUAGUCAAGUAUAUGUUUACCAGAUGCUCCAGAGGCAGUCGUGUGCUGUUGGCAGUGGUCAAGUGGUUGAGUACUGCAGAGCAUUUAAUGACUGUGUUUACACUUCAGACCAAGACGCAGGAUUAUGACACAAACUCUACACUCUGCCAAUCAGCCCGGCACUGCGCUUACUGCAAUACAAGAUUGUGUUGAUAUACUGAAAUGCAGGUAUGAACAUGCUGUUGUUGCCUGUCUGUGACUGAUGUGAGCUUUUUGGCAUUAGAAUGGUUUGGACCUACAGUAUCUGUUGACAUUUGCCAUCUUAGUACAAAAAUAUAUUAUUUAAAGGUACUCUUAUGAGGGUAGGUACUACUGAUUUUUAAAAAAAUUUUUUACUCAAGGCAUGCAUUUCCAAACACGCAUCCAAAAACAAUGUGACACUGCAUUCCAAUUUUGUGACCUUGCAGUGAAAACUAAACAAUAUGUCAACACUGUAUUCUUUGGUCAAUUCUGAUGAUAUGGAAUGUCUGGGCAUCGUGCAGGUGCAGAAUGUAAUUGAGUGGAGGCAAACUAAAGACACUGCUAUUGAAGCCUCCCUUAUAUCUACACCAAAGUGAAUUCAUUCAAAGAGCUACCAUUGUCCAGCAUAUCAACUCUGAAGUCAUUGCUUUUGGGUUUGUUAUUUUAGAUCUUUCAGUGACUCUUGAUGACUGUCGUUUUUGUUUUUAGGAUCAAGCGCAUUGUAUGACCUUCAUUUGCAUUAAGUGUUAUACAUUGUCAUACAGAAAUGUGUAUAAACCAUUGGUCAAGUUAUUCUCACUUUACUCUACUUGUAAUGGCUUUACACAGACAGAAAGAUGAAGUGCAAUCAUAAUUUAGCAACAUGUUUAAUAUUCUAUUGGUGUCCACAAAUGUGUUUACACUUUGAAUCAUUAUAUUGUGUACUCAAGUGGAACACGUCUGAAUGACAUCCGUUCUACUCUUGUGAUAUGUCGUUGUUUGUCGACAGAGAGAAAAUAUGAUUCCGUUAGGUAGAAGUGGUUCAAUUUUUGUUAUAUUUUAGAUUUACUGAUUCUUGCUUGAAUUGUUUUUUUACUAUUUGAAGGAAAUAUAAUCAAGGUACCUAGCUACAUAGCAAUGCAUUUGCAGGCUGAUUUUAAUGUAUUGAUUUCGUUAGAAUGUUACACUGCCCAUUGACAGAUCAAAGUGCUCUUGACUAAUUGCUCUCCACAAAGGCUAUUGGUUAUAUUUUUACUAGUAAUACACUGUGUACUAACUUAACACAUCCAGAAAACCAAACUAUCAGUACAGAUUGUAACAAGGGCUCGAGUUAACCUGUUUAUUACAAUUUAUCUGUGAUCAUUUAUGACAUUCAUGUUUUACUGAAUCAUUUGUCAUACAUCCCUCAUACUGUCCAAAGCAAGGACAAAUAUAUAACAUAUCAUGACAGUUUUACAAUCAAUGUAGGCCAACUCUGUUAUGAAAUAUGUUAUUGUAAAUAGUACUAUGAUGACAUAACAAACACUAUCAGCUUGUCAAAAGACCAACCACCCUCAAUAUAAUCAUUUGUGUCACCGUGGUAUAUCGCUUCAUAACACAUACAAUGUCUGUUCUGCCAUAGCACACACAUAUUCUGCUGUUAACUUUACUGUCAAGUAUCAAUGUAUGCUUUAAGCAGGCAGUCGCCCCGCUCUGUAUGGUGUCAAAUUUCUGAGUCUACUUUUCUUUAAUAGUUCCCAUACACUGUAAUGCUUUUCAAAAAGGUUACUACUACUUAGUUAUUACUUUAUUACUGUAAGUAGGUAAAACUAUUACUGUGUUACUGAAACAUUUUCCCUCAAGAUGUACUUCUUUUCCUAGCGCAAAUGCCAGUGAUGACAAACAUGUCUCACCUAAUUAGCAGAAAGGUUUACAUUUUUGUCACAUUUUUGUUUUUGUAGAAUGUUGUGCCAUUUACAGUGUUAUAUGCUUGGUGUUUUACAUCAAUAGGAUUAAUGUUACAAAGUUGUGUACUAAUUGUAUUGUGAGCCCUGUUGUGAACUAUUGAUUCCUCAGAAGUCUAAAACAUUGACCACACUGAGUUGCAUAGUCACACAUUUUAGACCAUUUUUGUUGCUUUUUCCUGUAUUUUGUCCAUUUUUUUUUAUUUGGUAAACUUUUACAUUCUAAUUUUUAUAUUCUUUAUUUGUAUUGGUAAAAUAUGGUAAAGUUACUGAAUGUCCACAUAUCAAGUCAGGAUACAGCCCUAAGUGAACAUGUGAGAAUUUUACAACAAAACCGCCAGAGGCUUCAAUUUCAGAACUGUUUGGAUGACUCACUCUACAUUUUAAAAAGGGCUAUAUCAUUGCUUCUUCUUUUUUUCUUAAGUAACAAACACCGUUUACUGCAAAAUCCUCCCAAUUCAGUCACAGUUAACUAGGACAAAGAUAAUUUAAUGGUAUUCCACAAAAUGCAAAAGCUGUCUUUUUAUAAAGCUUGUCCUAGCAAGCAUCACUGAGACACACUUUUUUUGUUUAAUAUAAUACAUUUAAUUUUUGAAAAAAGCUUUCCCUCCCCAAUUAUUUUUCUCGCAAUCUUUACCUAAAUCUUCCUCUAUUGAAUGUAGGCUCUAAAGUGUGCCCUCGUUCAUUAUACUGAUUAUAGUUGAGCAACAUUUCUUCCUCAUGUUUUAAAAUGUGACCUUUCUGCAGACCAUAUAUUCAGCUACUGUUUUUACCAUCAUUCAAAAUGACUUUAUGUACAUAUACAUUAUUCAGCUGUUUGUAUUUCACUUUGAAUGUGUUUUGAUGCAACAGAAAUGACUUUAUCCAGAAUAAGAUGACGUAAACACAUGCUAACGAAUAACAACAGAUGUUUGUGUGUUGCGCUGUAAAUUCAAAGGUAAUUUUUUAAAGAAUUUUUACAGCAACAUUAUAGCAGAACUAAUACACUUGCUCCAAUGAAUCUUCCAUUUUUAUUGAAAAACGUGAUGAUGAUAAUGAAAUCUCACAAAUUCAAUAAUGGGGAAAAAGCUAGGACAAUAUUAUUAUUAUUAUUAUUAUGGGGGGGGGGCAUAUUCAUUUCAUGCUAAAUGAGGUAAUAGUUGUUUCUUCAGCAUCCAACAACUAGGUUGAUGUUGAAGUCUGACAGUGGCUACUUUGAGAGAUCUCCAUGGAGACCGCAUCAUCGAAAGCACUGAGCUCUAUGAAGGCUGUUAACGCUUGCAAACAACUAUAAUACCAGUUUCAAGCCCACAAUCACUGUUUCAGUUUAACAUUGUGUAGUAUUUAAAAUCCCUUCAUUGUGUUGAUAUACAGCUAAGAUUGUAACCUUUUCUCCAUGAGUUAAUUCCACAGCACAUCUUUGUACUUUUACUUAGCACUCAUAAGUAUUCAUUAACUCUGCAGUUAGCUUGCAUCUGAAAUUGCACGUCAGUUAUUUUUACAAUACGGCUUCAUACAAUUUUUGUCACUUUCUGUUUAGAGAGCCAUCACAGUUGCUCGUAUCUUAUAUAAAUGAAAAAAUGACAGUAUUUGAUCAAAUUCGAGAUUGUACAAUAAUACAAGCAGGAAUGUCUCCAAACGCCUCUUCUUUGUAUGAUGACAAUGGUACUAAACUUUUCCUUAUGCAUUUCUUUAACCUUAGCUGCAGUUCACGAAGGUGGGUGUAAGUUUCCACAAGACAAUACCAUUUUUCACACUUUAUGCAAAAGUAUGUAUGUCGGGGAUGACCGGGCAUCUGGGGUUGAGGGAAAGUAUUGGUUUGUUUGGAAAACUGUUGAUUGUGAUACUGAGAAGACAAAAAAUGAAUGUCAUGUCUAUGUUGGUAUACAAGGUAUAAUUUUGGGGACAACAAUGCAGAUUAUGUAAAAAGCGAAGAAUGGUGCUGCUUGACAUGACUGCUUUCGAAAGCUUUCAGUGUAAACUGUAUGUUUAUUUUCCGUCUCUCUCACACACUGUCCCACCAAAAGCUGGUUGCUUCCUAACUACUUAAACAAUUUUGGCAUGUGGCAUGGAUGUACUUACAUGAAUGUCUUAGAGUAGAAAUGUUUUAGGAAUUGUCAGUGAUCCAUUGGAUAACAAAAUUGGAAGCCAUAAACAAGAUGAUCGCAUUGCUCUUUUCAAUAAAUACACUGUACUUCUUAAAAAAACAGUUGUUUUAAUUAAUUUACUAAUGCAGCUAUAUUGCCUAUUUUCAUGAUUAUUUAUAAUACAAUGUGCUUUUUCUGUAUAUAGGCACAUACACAAUACAGAAACAAAUUUAGAUGUACACUACACACCAUUGUGAACAAAUCAUUGCAAAAGUAUAGUGAAUUUGGAAAGUAUUCAGACCCCUUGACUUUUUCCACAAUUUGUUACAUUACAGCCAUAUUCUAAAAAUUGUUUUUUUUUUAAAUUCCCCCUCCAUCAAUCUACACACAAUACCCCAUAAAGAAAAAACAGGUUUUUAUACAUUUUUUAUCAAAUGUAUAAAAAAAAAAGAAAUCACAUCUACAUAAGUAUUCAGACCCUUUACUCAGUACUUUGUUGAAGCACCUUUGGCUGCAAUUACAGCCUCAAGUCUUCUUGGGUUUGACGCUACAAGCUUGGCACACCUGUAUUUGUGGAGUUUCUCCCAUUCUUCUCUGCAGAUCCUCUUGAGCCCUGUCAGGUUGGGUGGGGUGUGUUGCUGCACAGCUUUUUUCAGGUCUCUCCAGAGAUGUUAGAUCGGGUCCGAGUUCUGGCUGGGCACUCAAGGACAUUCAGAGACUUGUCCCAAAGCCACUCCUGCGUCAUCUUGGCUGUGUGCUUAGGUUCGUUAUCCUGUUGGAAGGGACCUUCUCUAUUGACAGGUGUGUGCCUUUCUAAACGAUGUCCAAUCAUUUGAAUUUACCUCCGAUGAACUCCAAUCAAGUUGUAGAAACAUCUCAAAGAUAAUCAAUGGAAACAGGAUGCACCUGAGCUCAAUGUCUUGUCUUUUUAGCAAAGGGUCAGAAUACUUAUGUAAACAAGGAAUUUCUAUUUAUUUGAAAUAAAUGUGCAGAACUUUUGAAAA